AUGCGUCGGUCAGCUGACGCAGAAGCUACUUGUAUCGAUGUACACUAUGAAAAAGAUCCACACGACUAUCAAAUAUCGAAAUCUGAUCUGAACCAAAUCUUUUACAAUCGAAAUGUCGAUCAAUUUACAAUUAAUGUCUCGGGUGAAGAGUAUUCCUUUGUUAAAAUGGCAACUGCCGAUCAAGGAAUACAAUAUGCCUUCACCUGCAAUCCAGAAAAACAAGAACAAGGCUUCUUAUUAAAAUCACUUUUCCAAGGUGACCCAAUUACAGUCAAAGCCCAAAAUGCAACUUUCCUAAAGGAAGCAGCAGACACUCUGAACAUCGAAGAUCUCAAGGAAUUGGCUGAUCGCUACAUAACUCGUGGUUAUUAUGAACCAUCUGUCAAAAGUUCAUGCCGUAACGUGUUCAAAUGGCUGUCAUCCUUCUUGCGCCACAUUUCUUACAUUCUUAAGGUACUUCUUACCCUCUGGGAUCUCAUGGGCCCCGUUGUUAUUGUCGGAUUUUAUCUGCACUCGAUUAUUCUCUUUGCAACAAUGUGUCUUCAUGUUCUUCAGCAUAGUGCAGUCCUUUUUAUCUUCGUUCUUUUGCCAUUAGCGCUUUACAGCUUCUUCUUCGUGAAUAUUAUUACGAUUUGUGUUGUGGAAUUCUUCAAAUUCACGAUAUUCAAGCGAACACCUGCAAUUUCAGUCCAAAUAUUGUUCGCAAAGUUCUUAAAGAAUACGAAAUUGAAUUCCCAUAUCAAAUCUGAGUUUAUUUGCAUGCCAUACUUCUACGACAUCUGCCUUGGUAUUCUAUUCUUGAUAUUUGCGAUUUCCUUCGCUGCACAAGCCUUCAGUACCAGAGUUUCGAUGGUUGUAGAAAUUUAUAUCUUAAUUUUCGUUGUUAUUAUUCCUCCAAUCAAGUAUUUCCUCAUUAUAAUGGAAUACACGAUCCAUUCCAUCUGCAGCUGCUUCUCUUACUGCAGAAUCAGAUAUCGUGAAAUUGGAGACUUUUCUGAUCCAUUUUUGAACGCAAUCUACUUCAGAGACCAUCCAUACCAGAACCUUCUCCCUGUUCUCUUCAACAGAAGACAGAAUUCUGAAGAAAAUAAGCCAAGAAACGCAAAUAAGCCUGCUCAACCAAAGAAUUCUAAUGCAAAUGAAAAUGGAGAAGCCAACACUGAAGACAAUAUCGAUGAUUUGUCCGAAUCUCAGAAAGAUAUCGAAGAUUUGACUGAUUUCGAAGGAAACGACGAUAGAAUGAACCAACAGAACCUUGCAUGCUCAGUAAUAACAAAGGCCAUAUUCAGUAGAAACACUUUCUCUGUUUACGCAUUCUUUGCUUUACUUAUUUAUCUUAUUGUUACUUUUGUUCGUUCUACCUUCAGUUGGAAGCAAGCUUUGUGCAUUAUCUUCAUCUAUGAGCUCAUUACAAUUCCAAUUUGCACAUGGAUGCCGAUGCCAUUUUUCUGGCUCCAUCGUCAACGAGAUCCGGCCAUGACCAAGCGCAUGUUGCAGCUCGAGUAUGAAAACCUCAAGUCUACUGGCGAUUACAACAAGUAUUCGAGAGAUAUGGUCAUAUGGUCGAACAAACACAUGCUUCUCCGCUGGGUUUCCAUCUUUAUUGCUGUUAUUCUCAUUGUUCUCCUUGUAUUGUUCAUCAUUGUCGCUAUUGUUUUCUCAUUCAACAACGAAUACGCACAAGAUGGCUCAAUUUCAAACGACGACAUACCAAAUGCUACCAUCGCCAAUACUACAGAUGCAACCAACGAGACUCUUAACGAGACAGAGUUGGUUGCUCUCAACAGCACAGUUCCAAAUGAAGGAUUCAGAGUGACUCGGAGUCCAAUUUGUUAUGCCAAUGCCAAAGGUUUAUCCGGUCUACAGGCCAUUGCUCUUGCCAAUUCCGCUUACUAUUUCACAAACAACACUUAUAAUAAGUUGGAUUAUCUUAUGCAAGAGUUUUUCGGCCAGAACUGGACCAACAGUGUUGAAUUCAUUGGCACCUUUGUCAAUGAGACCUACAACUGCUCAAUGAAUCACUUCAGGAUCUACACACAGCAAGGAAAACUUGUUGUUUUCUCUGUCAGAGGCACAUUUACAUUAAAUGACGUUUUAGUUGAUGUAGAACAAUGGUGCGCCUCCGUCAUCAACGACUUCAUCAUGCCAGUCAUUCCUCUCAUGAAGACAUUCGGAGAUACAGGACGUGUAAUCUUGCAAUGGAUGAUGACAAUGCCGAGACAAAUUUUCAGACAGUUUUCAUUGACCGACAAUUACAUGACGACAAUGUUGGACUACAUAAACAACCAGACAAUCGCUGAUGACGAGGAUGUUCUUAUCAUUGGACAUUCACUCGGAGGAGGCAUCGCAAAGAUUUUGUCAAUGAAAACAGGUUAUCAGGCUGUCUCUGUGUCAGGACCAAAUGUUAGAAGUAUGCAGUCUUUCUACGAACUGAAGAAGUUCAAGAACAUACAGUACACAUGGAUAAACGUCGUUCCAAACCAGGAUAUCGUCGCAAUGGUCGAGGCAAACGAGUUGACAAGUAACUACAAAGUUCCUUGCAGAGUAGGAAUGAUGAAAUGCCACGCAAUCGCAAGAACUUUGUGCCAGACAGCUAUUAUUUGUGGUCAGGAAGCUGAACACAGAGAAUACUGCAAGAAAGGUUUCAAGGGGCAUCAUUAUACUGAUAUGCUUAAGUAUGAUUUACCUAUCAAGGUUUAA